GCGGAUUACGGAGACUUAGGUGACGGUUGCGGGAGUCUCGGCCUCUGGGCCCUGCUAGUGGCGCCGGCCCAAGGAGGCUCUGCGGCUGGUGGGCAGGAGUCUCAUACCUUCUGUUCUGUCUGUUUAGGAGUGUGUUUAAAGAAGAUUCACAAAAGAAAGAAGCAUCUUUGAAUCUGAGCUUGCUAAUUGAAAGAAAAGAUGAAAAACACCAGCUGGAUUAGAAAGAACUGGCUUCUUGUAGCUGGGAUUUCCUUCAUAGGGGUCCACCUUGGAACAUACUUCAUGCAGAGGGCUGCAAAACAAUCUGUAAAAUCUCAAUCUAGAAACAAACAAGAGAAUAUUGAAGAAUGAAGUAAAAUAAGUAUUUGGAAUUACUAAUGUAACAUCAAAUCACUACAUGCUGAUUUAGUUUCAUAAACAUGGAACCAUUUAAUUUUAUAGUAAUAGUACCACAUAUCCCGAUUUUCAUUCCUUCAGAAUAAUUUUUUUAAUGUCAAAACCCAUGACAUUGCAAAAAACAGAAAAAUAUGGUUAACAAAAUAAAAGCUGUCUUCAGUUAC